GUAGCCACCGCAUCACAGCUUGGCCGCGUGCACUCUCGGAGCUGUAGCAGCCUCCACCGGCAUUUGCAGGCGCGACACCCACCGGUGCUGCUUAGUAGGGACUGCUAUCUACCUGUGUGUCGUUCGUGUGUUCAUGAACGUAGCGUUCGCUGGUCGUUGUCCCGGUGUCUGCCGGUAUACUGUGUAGUGUAAAGAGAGAUAGAGAGAGAGAGAGCGGCCCUGGUUUUUGGCUUCGGAAGAUACAUCGAUCGGACAGACUAUAUUCGUUCGUGUGUGUGCGUGAUCGAUUGGAAUCUUCGGAGAAGAGUUCCGUUUAUUUUCGUUUGGAAGGAAGUGUCACGAUGUGGUCCUACACUAAUUACGUAGCGCAGACGAGUGAGGAGAACAACAUGAUGGUAAUGGCCCAGGAGAAGGACGACGUUGACUUUGGUGCGACCAUGGUACUGCUGGCUGAGAAUCAUGAUGAGUGCACAGUGCUGAAAGAUCGCACAAACAGCAUGUGUCGCACCGACAGGCCGAAGCGUCGACGCCAUCGCAAGAAGAACACGAGCUUCGUCAACAGCAAGUUUGAAGAUCUGUACAGCCUGACUGGAGAGUUGCUGGGGAUCGGAGCGUAUGGGUCUGUCCAGACCUGUGUGAAUGGACUCACUGACAUUGAGUAUGCAGUCAAGGUGAUUGAGAAGGCGCCCGGUCUGCCGCGCGCGCAGGUGUUCAAGGAGAUCGAGGCGUUCCACCACUGCAAUGGCCACGAGAACCUGCUGCAGCUGCUCGAGUUCUACGAGGAAGACGACGCGUUCUACCUGGUCAUGGAGAAGAUGCACGGUGGUCCUUUGCUCGACCACAUCCAGGAAAGAGGUCACUUUACGGAACGCGAAGCUAGUCUCGUCGUUAAGGACAUCGCCAGCGCGCUCAAGUUUCUGCAUGAUAAAGGCAUUGCUCACCGAGAUCUGAAGCCUGAGAACAUCCUGUGCGUGAACAACGAUCGAAUCUCUCCCGUGAAGAUUGGCGACUUCGGACUCGUCAGCGGUCUGGAGGUGGCGAUGAGCAGCCUUGGGUCCCCGUCGCAGUGCAAGACCCCGUGCCCGACGCCCGAGCUGAUAUCGCCGGUUGGCUCGCCCGAGUUCAUGGCUCCCGAGGUGGUGGAAGCAUUCAUUGGAGAGGCGACUACGUACGACAAGCGUUGUGAUAUGUGGAGUCUCGGAGUCAUCAUGUACAUUAUGCUGUGUGGUUAUCCCCCAUUCUAUGGCAAGUGUGGUAGUGACUGCGGCUGGGAGAGCGGGAAAGCAUGUGAGGACUGUCAGGAGAUGCUCUUCACGAGCAUCCAGGAAGGCGUCUACGACUUUCCCGAGAGAGAGUGGGGCACCAUCUCCGACUCCGCGAAAGAUCUCAUCUGCCACCUGCUGGUGAAAGAUGCGAAGAUGCGCUUCAACGCCGACGACGUUCUCGACCACCCGUGGGUGUGCAACGGUGGCGCCCCCACGACACUGGAGACGCCGCGCGUGCUAUUGAGGAAUGAUUGUGCCAAAGACCUACUGUCGACUUUUGCGCUGAGUGCCAUGGCCGUCGAGCGUCUCCUACCGAUGAUCCAGCGCAGGCAGGCUGAGUCGCAGCAGUCCGGGAACCCUAGAGUGGAGUACCCGGGGCUGUCGCGAUCGCCGAGCGAGUCGUCCGGACUGCGCUGCCGUCUGCGCGUCAGGCAGGCCGCGCACGGUAGCGCCCUCGCGCUGCCGAGGACCGCCUCCGCCGAGCUGACCCUACGCGUGCCGAUCGUCAGCGCCUCGCAGGGAUGAGUCGCCGAGACGAACGAAGCCAAGGUGCCCUGCUUCAACGCGAGGGGAGCGCCUUGCGACGCGUCGCCGUCGGCGACGGCGCCAUGAGCACGUGCGCGGAGCCGCACGAGAGUCGGUCCUCGUUACCGGUAGUUCCGACAGGUUUUUUUUGCGCGUCACCGCCUCCUGGCGAUUGUAUCCCAGAGGCGCCGGCAGGUGGG